GUCGACAAUAGUUUUACCAAUUUCGAAAAACUUAAUCGUUCUCAGAAAACUCAAUUUAUUGCGAUCGGCGGGAAUACGAAAAUAAAGAUAGAGGGGGAGAAAUGAGUUUGACAUUCGCUACCGAUGACGGAUGGAUCGUUUCUCACUUGAAUUAUAUAAAUAACAUUUAUACGAAUAUAGCCGACGGGUCAGCUCCCUGCUCGCUAGAGUUCAAUAGUGAAUUCUUUGACAUUAAUACAAAAUACCUACGACAAAAUCAAAUUCAGAAUGUCGACUCUUGUAGUUCUUCUUCGUCUUCUUCUUCCUCCUCUUGUUUCUCUUCCGCAAGGAACGUCGAAAAUGACGGGAAAACGUCAAGUACAAGGGAUAUUAAAAUUAGGAAAAGAAAACGUCACCUAACCAAGGAAUUAUCACGCGCCGAUUGUGAACAGAUGAAAUAUAUUCAGCGAUCUUUGGCUAAGCUCCUGUCGAACGCAAAGGAAUGCGGACACUUUGCAGAUGGUGUAAAAGCGGACAACAACAAAGCCGCCCGCCUGGUCUCACAAAGAUUCUACACAGAAUCGUUCCACCAGCAAGUAGAGAAUCUCUACGGCUGCAACAAGUCUGAGAGGGCAAUAAUAUCGGACACUGGAAACGAGAGGUACGUGUUUCCUGAGAGAUGCAGUUUUUACUGUUACGACAUACGACAGAUUGGCAACAAAAUGGAGAUGACGAAUCAGUUUGAUUUCAUCCUGCUCGAUCCACCUUGGUGGAACAAAUCCAUACGCCGUAAAAAGAACAAAUGCACAGAGGCCAGUUACGCAAUGAUGUACAACGAAGAACUGGCCAAAAUACCAAUUGCCAAAUUGCUCAGUUCCAAUGGAAUCGUCGCAGUCUGGUGCACAAACGCUCCAAGCCACCUGCGCAGCAUCUCGAACGAAAUGUUUCCAACUUGGGGUGUGAGUUAUCAGGCAAAGUGGUACUGGAUCAAGGUCACCAGGUCUGGGGAAACCGUCUGCGACUUUAAUCCACCCCCUGGUAAACAACCCUACGAAUUACUACUACUAGGAUCGGUGUCUUCCAAUACAUCCAUCGAUAUACCUGAUGGAAAACUGGUGGUCAGCGUACCUAGCGCCGUUCACUCUCAUAAGCCACCUUUAACAGAGCUGAUAAAGUCGUAUCUUCCGAUGAAUCCUAACUGUCUGGAAAUAUUUGCAAGAUAUUUACUGCCAGGAUGGACGAGCUGGGGAUUAGAAGUUUUAAAGUUUCAACACCUCUCGCUAUACUCGAUUGUUCAAGAGGCAACAAACGAAGCGGAAAAGAACUCAAAUAACUAAAUUGACAGAGCCAUUAAUUAUAAAUCAAUAAUCUGUGAUCUAUCCUUCCUUAAUUACUAUCGGUCCAAUGUCUUGUAUUUAGUUAAUUGUAUU